AUGAUGGCGGAGGCAGCACGCCGGUUUACCACAAUAGUAAACAAAUUCAGCGCUUACACCCACACUGCUGGUGUUUAUUUAAACCACACGCAGUGGUACAAAAGGAAAGUGGGCAUGAGACGGACUGUGGCUGCGGUUUGUGUCGCGGUGGGAGGAAUAGCGGUGUAUCAACACUGUCGUCAGAACCGGAGCGACAUGGCGAGGAGAGUCCCCGCGUUCCCGGUCCUGUUAGCUAAAGAGCAGAGCUACAUGCCUGCUGAAGAUGAGGAUAUGGCUAUGUCAGCACAUGAGCACAGAUUCCGAUUAUUCAGUUCACUGGAGUAUGAAGGCCAGCUUUAUAUGACACCAUUGGACUUUAUCGAAUCAGUCACCAUGAGUGAGCCAAAAAAGAAGAAGUUUUGGAGAGCUCUGAAGAAACAGGAUUUAGAUAAGAUCCUGGCAGACACUCCUCCUGUUUGGAAAGGAUCAUCUCGGCUUUUCAGAAACUUGAAUGACAGAGGCAUCAUCUCAUAUACAGAGUAUCUGUUUCUUCUUUGCAUUUUGACGAAGCCUCAUGCGGGAUUUAGAAUAGCUUUCAACAUGUUUGACGCAGACGGCAAUGCAAUGGUAGACAAAAGAGAGUUUAUGGUGCUGGAGGAAAUAUUUCGUAAGAAGAACGACAAAAAGGAAAGAGGUGGAGAGUCUGACAGCUCGUCUCAACUGAAUGUGGAACUGUAUGGAUUUCAAGGUUCUGCCAGCCACCCUGUGCUUAAAAAAGACCAGCCACAGUUUGAAUCCAGAAGCCUCUGGGAUGUACUGAAGCAGGGUGCAAGAUUUAUUCUCUUUUCAGAUCUGACUGAGAAUGAAGAAGAAAACGUUACUGACACAACCUUACUGGUUAACUUUUUUGGAAAGAAAGGAAAAACUGAACUGAACUUUGAAGACUUUUACAGAUUCAUGGACAACCUGCAGACAGAAGUGCUUGAGAUUGAGUUCCUUUCCUAUUCUAAAGGCAUGACCACCAUCAGUGAGGAGGACUUUGCACGCAUUCUGCUACGCUACACCACUGUGGACAAUAUCAGCAGUUACCUGGAAAACGUGCGUCAGAGCAUACCAGAUGAAAAGGGAAUCACAUUUGAGGAAUUUAGGUCCUUCUUUCAGUUUCUUAAUAACUUAGAGGACUUCACCAUUGCCAUGCAGAUGUACAACUUUGCAAGUAGGCCAAUUGGACAAGAUGAGUUUACACGGGCCGUCUACGUCGCUACUGGCUUAAAACUCUCUCGCCACCUUGUAAACAUUGUCUUCAAAAUUUUUGAUGUGGAUCAUGAUGACCAACUGAGCUACAAGGAGUUUGUCGGUAUCAUGAAAGGCAGACUGCAUCGUGGCUCCUGGGGAUAUCCUGGUGAGGAACGGUUUAUUUCUUUUAAGGCCUGUAUGAAAAAGGAGCUGACUGGAAAAUAGAAAGAGAAAGACAGAUUGUACGAUCUUAAGUGUUAGUGAAAUUAUAUUAUUAUUUAGCAUCAU